UCUGCUCUGCCUUUUCCAGCCAGGACCGACUGCCAAAAGGACCUGUGGCAGCCAUCUCCUUCCUCUCUCCACAGACCCCCUCGUUCGCCCGCCGUUUCCCCUCCUGACGCACCAUGGACCCCAACGCCAUCAAGGAGGAGCUGCGCCUGUUUCAGAGCACCCUGCUCCAGGAUGGGCUGAAGGAGCUGCUGAAUGAGAACAAGUUUGUGGACUGCACCCUGAAGGUGGGGGACCGCAGCUUCCCCUGCCAUCGGCUGAUCAUGGCCGCCUGCAGCCCGUACUUCAGGGAGAUCUUCUUCACAGAGGACGGGAAGGAGGUGGAGAACACCAAGGAGGUGGUCCUGGAUGAUGUCAACCCUUCCAUCCUUGACAUGAUCAUCCAGUACCUCUACUCGGCCGAGAUCGACCUCACCGAUGACAAUGUGCAGGAUAUAAUUGCAGUGGCAAACAGAUUCCAGAUCCCUUCGGUUUUCACAGUGUGCGUAAACUACCUUCAGAAGAAGCUGUCCCUUAGCAACUGCAUGGCCAUUUUCAGGAUGGGCUUGGUGCUCAGCUGUCCCCGGCUCGCCGUGGCGGCGCGCAACUACAUCGCUGACCGCUUCGAGCUCCUCUAUAAAGACGAUGAGUUCCUCAAGCUUGCAGCCCACGAGAUGUUCGCCAUCAUCGGCGGAGACUCGCUGAAUGUGGAGAAGGAGGAGCUGGUAUUCGAGGCGGUCAUGGCCUGGGUCCGCCAUGACAGGGAGCGCAUCAAGGUCCUGAAGGAUGCUUUCAACUGCAUUCGCUUCCGCCUGCUGCCGGAGAAGUACUUCAAAGACAAAGUGGAGACCGAUGAGAUCAUCAGGGCCGACCCAGAGCUCCAGAAGACGAUCCAGGUCAUCAGAGACGCCUUCAAGGGGAAACUUCCGGAGAAACCCAAGAAGAAGGAAGGAGAGGAGGGGGCCGACAAGGAAGGAGGUGAGGAGGAGGACAACCUGUUCCCUGGGUUCCUGAACGACAACCGCAGACACGGCAUGUACGCACGUGACUUCAUCGUGAUGAUCAACGACACAGCGGCGGUGGCGUAUGAUGUCAGUGAGAAUGAGUGCUUCCUGGCGGCCAUGUCAGAGCAGGUGCCACGUAACCACGUCAGCGUGGCGUCACAGAAGAACCAGCUCUACAUCAUUGGUGGACUGUUUGUGGACGAGGAAAACAAGGACGUGCCUCUGCAGUGUUAUGUCUUUAUGUUGGAUCCACUCACGUCUGACUGGGUCGCCCUGCCGCCCAUGCCUUCUCCGAGAUGCCUCUUCAGCAUCGGAGAGAGCGAGAACGUGCUGUUCGCCGUGGCCGGAAAAGACCUCCAGACCAACGAGUCGCUGGACUCCGUGAUGUGCUACGAUGUUGAAAAGAUGAGGUGGAGUGAGACUAAAAAGCUCCCUGUGAGGAUCCACGGCCAUGCUGUUAUCUCCCACAAAGGACUGGUCUACUGCAUUGGAGGAAAGACAGAUGACAACAAAGCUCUCAACAAGUUGUUUGUGUACAACCACAAGCAGUCAGAGUGGAGGGAGCUGGCAGCCAUGAAGACGCCCAGAGCCAUGUUCGGAGCCGUCAUCCACAACGGCAAGAUCGUGGUGGCCGGCGGAGUCAACGAGGAAGGCCUCACUGCUACAUGUGAAGCCUAUGACUUCACAACAAACAAGUGGGAGCCCUUCACAGAGUUUCCCCAGGAGAGAAGCUCUGUCAACCUGGUGAGCAGCAGCGGCUCCCUGUACGCUGUGGGCGGCUUCGCUAUGGUUGAGACGGAAAACAAGGAGGUGGCUCCCACAGAGGUCACCGACGUCUGGCAGUACGAGAAUGAUAAGAAGCAGUGGAGCGGCAUGCUGAGAGAGAUGCGUUACGCCGCUGGCUCCUCCUGUGUGUCCUUGCGCCUCAAUGCUGCCAGGAUGCCCAAGCUGUAAACAGAACCACUUUAACCCCUCUAAAAAGACAACCGCACCCCACCGUCCCUGCACAUCCCCAGCAAGCCGCCUCCGAGUCAUCUCAUCCUCUGCACUCGGGUUUGUGUGUGUCAAGUUGAUCUUUGACAUUCAUUUUCCUCUGAACUCCAGAUGAUUUUUAUCUGUACUAUAAACACACUUGGUUCUGCAGCCUCUUCAAAGACUGCACCAUCCCCAUAGAAUUAAAAAAAAAACAAGAAAAACAAGAAGAAGAAGCCACAAUUUAGAUUGAUCUAUAAAGCUCUGUUUGCAUCAUUUCUAGCUCCUCUUUUGUAAAAUAAACAUUUGUAAACUUUGA